CUCCAGGGCACCGACGGGGCCAUGUAAGCAGCGAUCCUCUGGAGGGCCGCGCCGGACAUGGACACCUCUCUCGGCAUCUGGAGGAGCACGUGCUGUAGUGUCGUCACCCAGUCACAAAGCUGCUAAGGCCGUCUCAGGGGCGUGGGCGCCAGGAAGGGAAGGCGGCGUCGGGGGGGCCACAUCGCCAUGCCUUUCGGCCUGAAGCUCCGCCGCACGCGGCGCUACAACGUCCUGAGCAAGAACUGCUUUGUCACGCGGAUCCGCCUGCUGGACAGCAAUGUGAUCGAGUGCACGCUGUCGGUGGAGAGCACCGGGCAGGAGUGCCUGGAGGCCGUGGCCCAGAGGCUGGAGUUGCGCGAGACGCACUACUUUGGCCUUUGGUUUCUCAGCAAGAGCCAGCAAGCACGAUGGGUGGAGCUGGAGAAACCUCUGAAGAAACAUCUGGACAAAUUUGCUAAUGAGCCUCUGCUUUUCUUCGGAGUCAUGUUCUAUGUGCCAAAUGUGUCAUGGCUUCAGCAAGAGGCCACAAGAUAUCAGUAUUACCUGCAAGUCAAAAAAGACGUGCUUGAAGGGCGAUUGCGGUGUACGUUGGAACAGGUGAUCCGGCUGGCUGGCUUGGCUGUGCAAGCUGAUUUUGGAGACUUCCAUCAGUUUGAUUCUCAAGAUUUCCUCAGAGAAUAUGUGCUGUUUCCUAUGGAUUUGGCCCUGGAAGAGGCCAUUCUGGAGGAGCUGACGCAGAAGGUGGCCCAGGAACAUAAAGCCCACAGUGGAAUCCUGCCAGCAGAAGCUGAGCUCAUGUACAUCAACGAAGUGGAACGUUUGGAUGGAUUUGGACAGGAGAUCUUCUCUGUGAAGGACAAUCAUGGAAACAGUGUGCACCUGGGCAUUUUCUUUAUGGGGAUAUUCGUGAGAAACAGAAUUGGAAGACAAGCAGUAAUAUACAGGUGGAAUGAUAUCGGGAAUAUCGCUCACAACAAGUCUACUAUUCUGGUGGAGCUCAUCAACAAAGAAGAGACUGCCCUCUUUCACACGGACGAUAUUGAAAAUGCCAAGUACAUUUCUCGGUUGUUUGCUACACGGCACAAGUUUUACAAACAAAACAAAAUCUGCACUGAACAAUCAAAUUCUCCACCCCCCAUCAGACGCCAACCCACCUGGAGCCGAUCCUCUCUGCCCCGACAGCAGCCGUACAUCUUGCCUCCCAUGCAUGUCCAGUGUGGGGAACACUACUCGGAAACGCAUACUUCACAAGACAGCAUUGUCCCCGGGAAUGAAGAAGCCUUAUACCGCAACUCUCACAACAGCCUGGACCUAAACUAUCUAAACGGCGCCGUCACCAAUGGCAGUGUGUGUAGUGCUCACAGCAUCAACUCCCUCAGCUGCUCCCAGACGUUCAUCCAGGCCUCUCCCGUGUCCUCCAACCUCAGUAUCCCGGGCAGUGACAUCAUGCGGGCGGACUACAUCCCUAGCCACCGGCACAGCGCCAUCAUCGUGCCAUCCUACCGGCCGACGCCCGACUAUGAGACAGUCAUGCGGCAGAUGAAGAGGGGGGUCAUGCACGCGGACAGCCAGAGCCAGUCUCUGCGAAACCUCAACAUCAUCAACACGCAUGCCUACAACCAGCCAGAGGAUCUGGUGUACAGCCAGCCCGAGAUGCGGGAGAGGCACCCCUACACAGUCCCCUAUGGGCCACAGGGAGGCUACGGUAACAAACUCGUCAGUCCGUCUGACCAGAUAAACCCAAAGAACAACAUGGUGCCCAGCAAGCCGGGGGCGAGUGCCAUCUCCCACACGGUGAGCACGCCAGAGCUGGCCAACAUGCAGCUGCAAGGCACCCAGAACUACAACACGGCCCAUAUGCUCAAAAACUAUCUCUUCAGGCCGCCACCCCCCUACCCGCGGCCACGCCCUGCCACCAGCACCCCGGACCUCGCCAGCCACCGGCACAGGUACGUCAGCGGCAGUAGCCCUGACCUGGUGACCCGCAAAGUGCAGCUCUCCGUGAAGACCUUCCAAGAGGACAGCUCCCCGGUGGUGCACCAGUCUCUCCAGGAGGUGAGCGAGCCCCUCACGGCCACCAAGCACCACGGCACGGUGAAUAAGCGCCACAGCCUGGAGGUGAUGAGCAGCAUGGUGCGGGGCAUGGAAGCCAUGACCUUGAAGUCGCUCAAUAUCCCCAUGGCUCGCCGAAACACCCUCCGGGAGCAGGGGCCCCCCGAGGAGGUGCCGGGGAGCCACGAGGCUCACCAGCUUCCCCAUUACCACCACAAGAAGACUUUCUCGGAUGCCACCAUGCUGAUCCACAGCAGUGAGAGCGAGGAGGAGGAGGAGGAGGAGGCCCCGGGAUCGGUGCCCCAGAUCCCCGUGCUCCGGGAGAAGAUGGGGUACAGUGCCCAGCUACAGGCAGCCUUGGCCCGGAUCCCAAACAAACCCCCACCCGAGUACCCUGGCCCAAGGAAAAGUGUUAGCAAUGGGGCGCUGAGGCAAGACCAGGUCAGCCUGCCUCCUGCCAUGGCCAGGGCCAGGGUCCUGAGACACGGGCCGGCCAAGGCCAUCAGUGUCUCCCGAGCUGACCAGCUGGCCGUGGCUGGGCCUUCCCUCGGUCCGUCCAUCUCUGAACCCGACCUGACGAGCGUGAAGGAGCGGGUCAAAAAAGAGCCUGUGAAGGAGAGACCCGUGUCCGAGAUGUUCUCCCUGGAAGACAGCAUUGUAGAGAGAGAGAUGGCCCUCAGGAAUCUAGAGAAGCAGAAGAUGGCAAGUCUGGAGGCGCAGAAGCGGCCGCUCAUGUUGGCAGCAUUGAAUGGACUCUCGGUUGCCCGGGUCUCAGGGCGGGAAGAGAGUCGAGCUGAUGCCACCCGAGUUCCCAUGGACGAGAGGUUCAGAACCCUGAAGAAAAAGCUAGAAGAGGGAAUGGUGUUCACAGAAUACGAGCAGAUUCCAAAGAAGAAGACGAACGGCAUUUUCAGCACAGCUGCUCUGCCCGAAAACGCCGAGCGAAGCCGCAUCCGCGAAGUGGUCCCCUAUGAGGAGAACAGAGUGGAGCUGAUCCCGACCAAAGAGAAUAACACAGGUUACAUUAAUGCCUCCCACAUCAAGGUGGUGGUUGGUGGGGCAGAAUGGCACUACAUAGCUACUCAGGGGCCCCUGCCACACACAUGUCACGACUUCUGGCAGAUGGUGUGGGAGCAGGGAGCGAACGUGAUCGCCAUGGUCACUGCGGAAGAGGAAGGCGGAAGAACCAAGAGCCACCGAUACUGGCCCAAACUGGGUUCCAAGCACAGCUCGGCCACCUACGGCAAGUUCAAGGUCACCACAAAGUUCCGAACAGAUUCCGGUUGCUAUGCAACCACAGGCUUGAAAGUCAAGCACCUUUUGUCUGGGCAGGAAAGGACGGUGUGGCAUUUGCAGUAUACGGACUGGCCAGAUCACGGCUGCCCAGAGGAUGUCCAGGGAUUUUUAUCCUACUUGGAGGAGAUCCAGUCGGUCCGGCGCCACACCAACAGCAUGCUGGAAGGCCCCCGGAGCCUGCACCCCCCAAUCGUUGUCCACUGCAGCGCGGGUGUGGGGCGGACCGGCGUGGUCAUUCUUUCUGAGCUGAUGAUCUACUGCCUGGAGCAUAAUGAAAAGGUGGAAGUGCCCAUGAUGCUGCGGCUCCUCAGGGAGCAAAGGAUGUUCAUGAUCCAGACCAUCGCUCAGUACAAGUUUGUCUACCAAGUCCUCAUCCAGUUCCUCCAAAACUCCAGACUCAUUUAACCCCCCCACCCCAGCUACUGGAAGAGGGACCCAGCUCCAUCUUGCCGAUGGGGAGGCACCUCCAGACAACAUCUGCUCCCCCAGCAGGGCGCAGAUGGCCAGAGCGGGCAGGUCAUGGGCUCCCUGAAGACAGGAGCCAAGAUUAUUCACAAACAUCAUAGAGUAUUUUAUAUGAGAUAAUUUAUUUUUUUUUCCCCUUUUGGAUAACUUCUGUGAAUCAUUGUAAUUCAGUUUUCACAAUAAUAUAGUACUUUUCAUUUGAACCAUAUUUUGACUGAUCUGCAUUGUAAAUAUGUCAGUAGGGAAGAUUGCCUGGUGGAUCGUUUGGGGGACAGAGGCAUAAAGGGAACACAUCUCUAGUGAAGUUGCAGCCAGAUUAGUAACCGACCCUAAAAUGCAUCAGCCUGAUCGCUCACGUCCAAAUCUAAGAUGGCAAGAAAAUGAAUUCAUUCUAAAAUGAAAAGAUAAGGGCCAAGGCCCUUCCCUGAAGGAAAAAAACAAAACCAAACCCACUAUUCUCUUCUAUUUGGGGGCUCCCGAGCCUUGAUGGCCUCCCGAGCCUUGAUGGCCUCCCUUCUUCCUUUCUGCCCUCACCCUCAGCAGCUCGAGGUAAAGACAGGAGCAGCUAGAGGAAAUGCUGCUGAUCACCCAGGCUGAGCAAGGAGCUCCGUAUUGUACCUUUCUCAACACCCCUUCCUUUGGGCUCCGGAGCCUGUGCUCCCUGCCGGGCACUGCACCCUCGACAUUUGCUAUUUCUCCCUGUUUGCUCAGCGGGCCCCCGUCUGGUGGUCUUUGGGGCUCCAGGCCAGGCCAUCUGUGCAGCUAGGCCUCCUGCCUGAUUGAGAGAGGAUAAUGGACCCAAGUGGGAAGAGAAAGAAGCGGGGCAGGCUCUUGAUACUGUUUCUUAUUUAAAUAGGAUGUGUGUGCUGGGCGGGGGCCUGAAGGUCGAGGUGCUGGGUACAUUCUGUCUUUCCAUCAGUCACCAGGUCAUUGGAAAGGCUGUAAAGGGAACAGCUGGGAAAGCUGAUUGAUGGGGGCUGUUUGGCACUCAGGUGGCGGGGCCCUGGCCAGGAAGCGUACCGAGUGUGAGCCCCCCUCCCCGCUGUGCGGCUCUCAGCACAGAACUAAGCCCACUCAGGACCCCGUCAUCCACAUUUUGGCCACUGGAUGCAAGGUGUGGGGAUUUGUCUCGCACGAAGCCCUUCACUGCUUUCCUGUUCUCCGUGCACCCCCCCCCCCCCCCCC